AUGGGUGACGCCGAGGCGCGCCUGUUUCUCUCAGCGCGGCUAGAGCGCGCGAGGCUGCCCAUCGACGCGCACGUCGAGACGCGCAAGGCCGAGGGCAUCGUGCCGAAGCCCCUGGACGCGGCGCAGUGCGCGCAGCUCGUCGAGCAGCUCAAGGCGCCCGAGGACGACGAGGCGUUCCUGCUCGAGCUGCUCCGGGACCGCGUGCCGCCCGGCGUCGACGAGGCGGCCUACGUCAAGGCGUCGUUCCUCGCGGCGCUGGUCAGCGGCGAGGCGACGAGCCCCAUCGUCGACAAGUACGAGGCCAUGCGCAUCCUGGGCACGAUGCAGGGCGGCUACAACGUCGAGACGCUCGUCGCGGGCCUCGACUCGAGCGACCCCGAGCUCGCGCAGAUCGCCGCCGACUGCCUGAAGACGACGAUCCUCGUCUUCGACUCCUUCCACGACGUCGAGGCCAAGGCGAAGGGCGGCAACGCGCUGGCCCAGGAGGUCAUGGAGUCGUGGGCCGCCGCCGAGUGGUUCCUCAACCGGCCGCCGAUGGCCGAGAAGCUCACGGUCACCGUGUUCAAGGUCACGGGCGAGACGAACACGGACGAUUUGAGCCCCGCGCCCGACGCCUGGAGCCGGCCCGACAUCCCCCUCCACGCGCUGGCCAUGCUCAAGAACCCGCGCGACGGCAUCGAGCACGAGGACGUGACCGCGCAGAUCGAGGGCCUCAAGGCCAAGGGCUUCCCCCUGGCCUACGUCGGCGACGUCGUCGGCACGGGCUCGUCGCGCAAGUCGGCGACGAACUCCGUGCUCUGGUUCAUGGGCGACGACAUCCCGAACGUGCCGAACAAGCGCGGCGGCGGCGUCUGCGUCGGCGGCAAGAUCGCGCCCAUCUUCUUCAACACCAUGGAGGACGCGGGGUCCUUACCCAUCGAGAUGGACGUCACGGGCAUGCACAUGGGCGACGUCGUCGACAUCUACCCGCACGCGGGCAAGGCGACCAAGCACGGCGACGAGUCCGCGGUGCUCGCGGAGUUCGAGCUGAAGACGAACGUCAUCCAGGACGAGGUGCGCGCCGGCGGGCGCAUCCCCCUCAUCAUCGGCCGGGGCAUCACGACGAAGGCGCGCGCGUCGCUGGGCCUGCCGCCGUCGGACGUCUUCCAGCUGCCGACCGCGGCCGGCGCGGCGCCCGCGGGCUACACCUUAGCCCAGAAGAUGGUCGGCAAGGCCUGCGGCGUCGACGGCGUGUCCCCGGGCACCUACUGCGAGCCGGCGAUGACGACCGUGGGCUCCCAGGACACGACGGGGCCCAUGACGCGCGACGAGCUCAAGGAUUUGGCGUGCCUCGGCUUCUCCGCGGACCUGGUCAUGCAGUCGUUCUGCCACACGGCGGCCUACCCGAAGCCCGUCGACGUCGUCACGCACGCGACGCUGCCCGACUUCAUCCGCAACCGCGGCGGCGUGUCGCUCAAGCCCGGCGACGGCAUCAUCCACUCGUGGCUCAACCGCAUGCUGCUGCCGGACACGGUGGGCACGGGCGGCGACAGCCACACGCGCUUCCCCGUGGGCAUCUCCUUCCCCGCGGGCUCGGGCCUCGUGGCCUUCGCCGCGGCGACGGGCGUCAUGCCGCUCGACAUGCCCGAGUCCGUCAAGGUCAAGUUCACCGGGGAGAUGGUGCCCGGCAUCACGCUCCGCGACCUCGUCCACGCCAUCCCCUACGCGGCCAUCCAGCGCGGUUUGCUCACGGUGGAGAAGCAGGGCAAGAAGAACAUCUUCUCGGGCCGCGUGCUCGAGAUCGAGGGCGUGUCGCACCUGAAAUGCGAGCAGGCGUUCGAGCUGAGCGACGCGUCCGCGGAGCGGUCCGCGGCGGGCUGCACGAUCCAGCUCGGCAAGGAGCCCAUCGUCGAGUACCUCGAGUCGAACGUCGUCAUGCUCAAGUGGAUGGUCGCCGAGGGCUACGGCGACCCGCGGACCUUGGAGCGCCGCGUCGCGCGCAUGCAGAAGUGGCUCGAGGACCCGCAGCUCAUGGAGGCGGACCCCGACGCCGAGUACGCCGAGGUCAUCGAGAUCGACCUCGCGGACAUCAAGGAGCCCGUGCUCUGCGCGCCCAACGACCCCGACGACGCCGUGCUGCUGUCGUCCGUCGCGGGCACGAAGAUCGACGAGGUCUUUUUGGGCAGCUGCAUGACGAACAUCGGCCACUUCCGCGCCGCGGGCAAGCUCCUCGACAACUUCGAGGGCCAGCUCCCGACGCGCCUCUGGAUCUCGCCCCCGACGCGCAUGGACGCCGCGCAGCUCACGGACGAGGGCUACUACGCCAUCUACGGCCGCGUCGGCGCGCGCACGGAGAUGCCGGGCUGCUCCCUCUGCAUGGGCAACCAGGCGCGCGUCGCCGACGCCGCGACCGUCGUGUCGACGUCGACGCGCAACUUCCCGAACCGCCUCGGCAAGGGCGCGAACGUGUAUCUGGCCUCCGCGGAGCUCGCGGCGUGCGCGGCCAUCCUCGGCAAGCUGCCCACGCCCGAGGAGUACUUCGACACCGUCAAGGCCCUCGACACGACGGCGGCGGACACCUACCGGUAUCUCAACUUCGACGAGCUCCCGGACUUCGUCGAGGCCGCGGACUUCGACCUCCAGAGCGAGGCGAAGGAGUCCGCGGACAAGCUCGCCGCCUAG